CAGUCUUUAGUCGGGUUAUUAUUACUUUUUCUCUUAUAUUCUUGUCACUGUGGAACACUAGUUGGUCAAAAUCUUGUACUAGACAACUGUUCGUCGAAAUAGAUUUUCUUUUUUUCUUCGAAUCGUAAUUACAAUACGGUCAUAUAUACUGGUGUUACAGUAAUUUUACUCUGUUAACAAUUAUACUCUUUUUAUUUUUUAACAUAAUGCUUACUUGAAGAUUAAUAAUUAGUCCAAAUCGUAAUAAUAUUUUUUGAUAUUGAGUGACUUAUCUUCUUUUCAAAAUGUGUGAUACAUUUGCAUAAUUUGCUGUACAAUACUGUGUAUCGAGGUCGAGGAUUGCGUAGUAUCUUGCUGCAUUAUGGCAUAUGACUUUAUGUAACUUUGUAUGAUGUGAGAGUAUUCUGUAUAUUUCACUAUUCUGGCGUACAAUGCUGUAAUAUAAUGUCGGCAGCAGAAUUAUACUGUAUUUCGAUGGAAUACUCAGUACUAUACUAAAAUUUGCUGUACAAUACUGUGUGUCGAUGUUGAGGAAUACGUAGUAUCUUGCUGCUUUUAUGGUAUGAGACAUUUUGUUACGUUUUGUAUAAAAAAAAAAACCAUAAUUUUCCAUCUCAUAAGACUCAAAUUUUCUCACAAUUAUUGUCAAUGCCUUUAACUUGAUACCAAAUGCUGUCGUACCUAUGUCAAGACAGGUCGAAAAUGCAGUUACGAAUCCACUUUACGACUAAAUGAAAUAAUUGUGUAAACUUAACGUAAGAAAUUUGUCUAACCAGGGUUAUGCAUUCAUCGGUGGAAUCAGAACACGUCAAGGAGGGGUAAGACAAGAUUCACAAGCAUGCCCGAAAUCGGAAAUAGAUACGGUGGCGCCUGCGCUUCUAAGUCACCUACUUUUACCUCUGUAAUGAUAAGCCUACGUUUAACAUUUGCCCAAAGAAUGCAAUGCGAACGUUCGUGUAUUAAAGUAGUUGUCUAUCUUAUCAAAACCAUAUCCUCUACAAACGAAAAACAUAUUUUUGUUGACACAAAAGGAAUUCCAUACCUAUACCGUGUAUUCAUAAAGGAAUAGUAACCUUAAAAGUGUACAACAAAUGACUAUCGAGAUGAUUAAGUCUCACUCAUUCACCGUAUUCGGUCGAUUAAUGAUUAUUUUGACAAUUUGUUGAAUAACGUGUACAUACUUCCACAAGAUAGAAUUAACUUCUCCGCACCUCUCUUAACCGCGGAUCGAAAUGGAUUUAAAACCGAGGAUAGACCAAUGAGAACACUUAUAAUCUGCGCAUGCGGACUUCGAUAACCUACUCCUGUCCCAAGGAGCGCGGCUUACCUGUCAGUCGGAGAAAAAUGUUUCAUUAAGCUUCCGAUUCUACUCGGUAUUUUCUGUCGCGAGUUAUAUUUCAAAGGUGCGAUGUCAGAGGUGAAAAUGUUAACAGUGUAAACAGUGAGGGUGAUACGAUAAACAUGUUGAAGAACCGCUGUAUCGAUCGUCGUCGUCUGUCAUAUGUCAACGCGAUCUUAAUGUGUAGUAACAAAAAUGUAAAUUUGUGAGGAUGGAAGUCUGACAACAUUAACGAAAACAAUAAACUGAACAUUUCUGAAAUGAUGGAAGACACGAUUUGAAUUAUUUCCGUAACAAAAGUCUAACACAACCAGGGAUCGUUUAUUGGCCCUUAUAAAUUUUCGCUUUGUAAAUGCACCGUCCAUAAACCAAACACAACGACACUGAAAGUUAAACUGAAAAUCUAAAAAAAAAAAGAAGAAAAAAAAACAUUUGAAGAAGAGGGAAGUAAUUCGUCGUGACAAAUUUCCAUUCUUCGUCUAUGACUGAUCAUACUUUCGAGUUAAAAUGUAUAAUUAUCAAAAACCAAAACCUAAAUAAAAUCGACGACGAAUAUGAGUAACGUUUUCACAACUGGCGAUUGGUUAUUGAUUUAAAAAUCCAAUUCCAACGAUCACCGAUUAGGAACCUGAAAAGUAAACAAAAAGAUAAUCGAGGAAGGAAUAUACUUAGGGAAGGUGAAAGAAAUGUCAGAGAAUAGACAAGCGGCAGCGCCCAUCGACGUUCUCUUUUGGUUGAACCCGGUGUCCAGGAGUCGAGCAGACGUGGACAAUCCCUCUCUCGAUAUCAUCCCCACGAUUUUUCUCGUAUCUCCGAAGGACACUGCAACAGAAUUAUGCGAUAGAGUUGCCGAGAAAAGAGGAUGCAGGCUGGAGCAAAGUCGUUGAACCGGGUUCAUGCUGGUUGUUUGACUCGGUGUCAUCGUCGUCGAUCACGUCCUCGUCAUCGUGGUCGUGAUAUCCGGAUCGGGAGAAUCUGGCUUCGGCCAGGACAAAUUGCAAAAUGUUGGCCGAAAUGGUUCGAUUAUCUUACCAGCAUCGAGCCUUUUACUGCUACGUGAUCCUCAGUGUUUGGAUCUUCCUUCUCGUUGCUGGUAUGUACAAAUAUAUUGGUAUAGAUGAGAGGAGUUCUGUACAAACAAGAGUCCUAAGUAAUGAUGUUUCUAUAAGGGAAUUUCCGAGAAAUUUGAGAGCUGACAUGAAAACAAAAAAAAUAUUUCGUUUUUGUAAUUCACCCAAUGAAAUUAUUGCAGAAACCGAAGGAAAGUUGGAUGGGAACUUAACAUUGAGUGGUAUUUUGGUAUUUAUACGGCAUGGAGACAGAGGGCCAUUAGCUCACAUUCGAAACAUAAGCAUAGUAAAUUGUGGUGGAGAGUUUGGUUCAACACCCGAAUUAGAAAACCUAUACCAGAAUUAUGUAAACUUCCUGCAAAAUGUCUCCAGUUAUUCCAGAACAUCAUGGGCACAAUUCUUGGGGCCGUUUCAUGGUUUUCCUAUGCUACCUGCCAACUCCAAAGACUGCAGAAUUGGCCAGUUGACGACGCUUGGCAUUGGACAACUUUUAAAAACUGGAAUCAUACUUAGAAACGCUUAUUACCAUAAACUCAAUCUGGGCAAUGGCACAAUAUCCAACAAAGAUAUUAUCGUCUGGAGCACUAGGUAUCGAAGAACAGUCCAAAGUGCGGUUGCCCUAUUGUAUGCUCUCUUGGAAACUGAUGGUUUUCAAAAUCUAGCUAAAGUUACUAUGCAAGAAAGUCAAAGCUACGCAUUUUGUAGUACAGACUGUGCGUGUCCAGCUGCUGAAAAAUUCUUUAAACAACAUGUAAAAGAAAUGUCCGAUCAUCUCAAAUCUCAUCCAGCAGUGGCAGAGCUUAUAAAACAGGCUUCCAACGCAGUGUUUGAAAUUCCUGAUCAAGCCCAAACAAUGGAUCCCAAUACCUUAAAAGAUGCAUUACUGACAUACAUCUGCCACGGUGCUUCCCUGCCUUGUAUAGACUUUGACAAUCAACGAGUAUGCGUGAAAACGGAACAUGUGACAGGCUUGUUCGCCUACACUGAAUGGGAGUCUAGGCAAGUGGCAAAAAGCAACAGCCGUCGAAAGUACGGAUUGCUAAGAGCUUAUGGGCUUCUUCGAAGCAUAGUUUCUUACAUGUUACGCAUAAUAUCCGAAGCCAAACCGAAGAUAGUUCUUUAUUCUGGACACGACAAGACUUUGGAAUACCUGGCGACAGCUCUGGGCAUCUUUUCCGACAAAUUGACUAUGCCCCAUUAUGCUUCCCGUUUCGUAAUCGAAGUUUAUCGCAUAAAUCCGAGGAACGAGAAUCACGUGGCCAGUGACUUUUACUUCCGUGUUAUUGUAAAUGGAAAAGAUUUCACACAGAAAAUACCUUUCUGCAAGAAUGCAAAUUUCUAUAGUGUCAAUUACAUUGAACGCGCGGACGUCGAAAGAACGCGAAAAGAUUCAAAAUUAUGCCCAAUAGAGACGAUUAUCCGACAACUUCACGACGAUUACUUUGGACCGUUUAAUGCCACAAACUUCAAAGAUGCAUGCACCAAUCACAAACACGGAUGAUUUGAGCGGGAAAAAUAUGAACCUAAUUCCCUUUCUAUACGGUAGAUAUUGUUCCAAAAAUACCGUGUAAAAAAAAUAUAUAAGCAAAAGGGCCGAAUUAAGGGUUUUUAACGCGCAAAGCUAGCAAAUAAUUAGACGGUUCUUUUAAUUUUAAGAGUGAAGGGGAAGGAGGAGCGAUUAAUUGAUAAUAUAGAAUAUUCCCUACUUCUUUGAAGAAUUUUGUACAGAAUUAUUUAAUUUAUUAGAAAAAUAUCAACAAAUCGAAGAUAAUUUUUUGUUGAAUAUUUAUCAAAAUUUAUUGUAAAUUUUUAAAAUAUACCUUGCGCUAAACUCCUCCUUCCACCCUGUACUUGAAAAAGACAUACUGCUUAUAACAAAAUAGAGAAUUUAUUCCACAACUUUCAAGACUCGUGUAAAAAGUAAAAAGGAACUAUUUAAAAAGUUUGUAUGAAAAGCCAAAUGUAUAAGUUUUUAACAAAUGUAUGUAUUUAACUGUACAAGAUGAAAUUCAUAUUUCAAAGCAUUCAUGAACUGAACCGCAUAAGCCCAGUGGUGCACAACGUUUUUCAUUACUGGACCAAAUAAUGUGAGAUAAUAAUUUCUGUGGCCCAAAUUUCGGAUUACGAAAAAACAUAUUUCUAUUUAACAUAAUGUUAAAUUAAUUAAAAGUCAACAAGUUUCUGCAAAAGCAGAAGCACUAUUCGUUUUGUGCUACUUAUACUUUUAUUCCUUAUUUAUGCAAGCUUCUGUGUUGAAUAUAAAUAUUGCUUGCAAGAUUGAUACUCUUUGUUGUCUAUUUUAAUUUCGAAAAGUGAAAAUACCAUUACUUUAAUUUAUUUUAAAAAUUAUUUAUUUCAAGAUUUAUUUAGUACUCUGGCUUCCACUUUGUGCAGUUGAAGAAUCAUGCAAAAGCUGACAUUGUACUUUACUGGGAAGAAUUGCACAUAUUUUUUAUAUGAAGCAGGAGAAUCAACUAUAAGGUUCACAAAAAUAUAAUUCAAAUAUGCUGUUGAAAACUAGUUUGUUUUAAAAAGUUCAGACAAGAGUCGGCGAAAACUUAAAAAAUUUGAAUUUUUGUGAACACUUAAAAUUAAAGUUGCAAAUAUUCACAUCUUGCUAUUUUUCACAGAAAUAAAACUAGUUCGUAAAAUAAAUGAUGUGUAUACAAAAAUUUGUGUGAUUCUAUUGCCAAUAAUAGUAGUCUUUCUAGCUAGAUACAAGCUUUUUAACAGUUGGCUUCUAUGAAGUUGUAGCAAAUUAUAUUAUUUAUUCACAGUUUCAUCUACUUUAGUUUUAUAAUUAAAAGUACUUGAUUAUAUAUUUAAAUGCUACCAAAUAUAUGUGUGAAUAGAAAUGUAAUAUCUAAAAUAUUUGGAUAAUUGUUAGAAGUCAUAUUUUUGUAAAAUGUUAUGAUAUUCUCUGAUUUAAAUUGCGAGCAAGGUAAGUCAGAGUAUUAGGCAUCAACGAUUUCUAGUUACAUUUUUUAAUCAAUUAAUUAACCAAUAUAAAAAAAAAAUAUUAAAAAAUAUAGCUAUAUGUUGUCUCUUUAAGUUCGUCAUAUUUAAAACUCUGGAUGUAAAUGUCCUGAGAAGUUAAUUUAUUGUCUUUUUAUAUUUUGUCAUUGAAACUUGUUUGCUUCAACGUUAUACCCUGAAAAUUUGGGAAAUAUACAAAUUCAUCUAAUGUGUCUGUAAAGAUAAGUUAACACAUUACAGACCAUGUAAAUCAGAUUUGUAGUACCUAUUGGCCCUUGCUUUUUCAAUGCAUAUAAAUAGUAAUAUAAAAAAAAAAGUAAAUAGUGGUAAAGUUAAAAUAUUUGAAUUCACUUUUUCAAAAACUUCCUACUUUUUUUUAUUAACAAGUGACAUAAGCUUUAAGUUGAGGAUAUAUUCUUUACUUUUUCACAGAAUCAGUGAUAAAAACAAGAUGUAUGAUGCUUAACAUACGAAUAUAUGUUACAAAUUAUUUUGAAGUUUGAUUUUAUCUUUAUUUUACGGGCUGCAGAUGAACUUGAUAAAAGUACCAAAUUUUGUGCACUACUGGUAUAGUUGAUUUAUCACAUACAGUUUACCAAAGAAAACAUGACUCUUGAUACGAUAUCAAGAGUGGUUGAAAGGCCAGAACAUAUAAAUCAGGAUGGACAAAAUUCUUAUUUAGAUAAACAUUUCAAAUAAACGAAUGAAAAAGAUCAUCUAUUAUUCAAAUAAAGUUUUGUCCAUCUCUGGUACAAAGUAUCGGUAGAAAAGAUUUUAGUAUUCGUUGACCUACAACUUCAAGAUUUAAUUAUCGGCGUCACCAAUUUUCUAUGUAGAAAUAUUAAAUAUGUACAUAAGUAUGUAUAAUAGACAUUCCCAAAACAAUUGACUUUUAAAAUGAUGUUAAAGUAAACAGUUCAUGCAAGAAAAUAGAUUCAAUCGAUUCAUUUUUCUGAACCGUGCGUAAAAAUAUUCUGACAAGUAUCAAACACAACAACAAACCAGAGAUGGACAGAAUUUUAUUCAAAUAAUAGAUGGCGAAUAAAAACUCCGUACAGAACAUUUGAGGAUUUUAAAAAUUGUAACAGUUAAUACUUAUCGAGACUUUCGGUUGCAAGACAUGUCCUUUGGAAAAAAUGUUCUAACGUUUCGCAGUUAGCUUCUUCAGGGGUGAAUUAACACUUAUGUCAUAGAUCAUUGGUCAUCGAUCAUCGAGCUCAUGUCAUGAAUGAGUGGUCACCAACGGUGUCUUACCUGUUGAACUGAACAAACGACGGAUCAAACGUUGUUUUAUUUCAUUUAUUCCGUAAAUAACUAAAUAUUUUUAUAAUUAUAAAUGCGCAUUAUAAAUAUUUUAUAAUUAUAAAAAUAUUUUAAUUGUAAUUCCGUAAAUAUUUUAGAUCUUUUAUUCGUUCAUACAUUUCCUUACCUAGAUGUGAAUCUUGCUCAUCUCUGCUGUGAACGGUUACGUUUGAAUUUUCAAGAAUGCACAAGUAACUAAUGAAAUUACUGAAAGUAACACGUAUGAUUUAGCUUUUCUUCAUUCAAUUAAUUUGAAAUAUGCACUAAUCGCAAAAAAUAUGAUAUAUUUGACUUCCUUUUGCGUGCACCAAAUGCAAAGAAGGAAUGCUGUUAAUUUGAUUCCAAAGUAUAGUACAAUUAACCGUUUAUAAUUUUGUGUAACGUUUUGAUUUCGUCCACUAUCAAAUAAUGUACGUAAGAUUUCUUUUCUCGUGUAAAGCAAAAAAUUGGACAAAAGUUCUUUUUUAAACUCUUCCGGAUUUCAUCGUGAGAAUUCGUAUCACUUACUUUGAACGGAGUAAAUAGUAAGUCUUAACAAUAUACGAUAUUUUACAAAGAAAGUAUUACAAAUUUCUAUAAGAUUUAUUACGAUGAAAUAAGGAUUCGUAAGAUGUAGUUUCCAAUUAAUAUGAAAUCGGUAAUUUGCUAGUGAAACCUCGAAGUAUGAAAUAAAACAAAAAGAAAGAUAACAGAAUUAUACUUAAGCUACAUACAAUUUGCACUGUUUAAACUAUAACUGUAAACGGUUAACAAAAAGCCUUAAAUUCUUAGAUUACGUUUAACAAAAUCGGAAGUAACUUUAGAUAUAUCAAGAAUGUACAAGGUGCUUCAAAAAACGCGAUAUAAUCCGAAAGCAAACACCUUUUUUCGAAUUCUAUUGCAUAUUUUGAAGUAUCUUGUAUAAAGCUAGAUGAUCGCCAUAUAUUUUAUCACACAUCUUACUGUAAAUAUGUAAAUAACAUCUAACUUCUAUAAGCGACGAUUGCGUUCCGUCUUUUUAGGCAUUACUUGAUAACAGAAUUAGUUAUUGUUACAAAAAAAUGUACAAGAAAAAUGUACAAAAAACUCUGUAACUUCCUAUCACCGUAAUUGUUGAUUAGUAUUAUUUCCCAAUUAGUUUGCAUAAAGUGUUGCGAUUAAGAACUUCCUUUGCGAUGUAAAAUUAAUUCUCGUACAAUGGACCAGAAUCCCUUUAACACGAUGAUCACCGAUUUAAGAUAGUAUUGCAACUGGUUCAACCUACGGUUAUAUUUACUGUGAAAUACACAAGGCAACGAGUGUUUAAUGUGUUAUUAAAUUGAAACGAUAGGUACCUUUUGUUAAAAUAUACAAAUAUACCAAUGAUAUAUCGAUA